CAUCCUAUUAUGAGUCCCUAUAAAUAAUCCUCACUCGCACUGAAUUGGUUAGAUUGGCGUCUGUUCUUAGAGUAUCUCCUCCAAGUAUCGCGUUCCGAGAGUUCAAGUUUUCAGGAAUCAUCUCUCGAGGAACAUCCAUGGCUGCCUUCGUGGAAGAGGUUUUACCACCGUCGUUGGAUGCCACCGCCGAACAACCUCCAUUGUUCGAUGGAACUACAAGGUUGUAUACUGCUUACAUUUGUCCAUAUGCUCAACGUGUGUGGAUCACAAGGAAUUACAAGGGAUUACAAGAUAAAAUUAAGCUAGUUCCUCUCAACCUUUUUAAUAGGCCUGACUGGUAUAAGGAAAAAGUAUACCCUACAAACAAGGUGCCAGCUCUGGAACAUAAUGGGAAAAUUAUUGGAGAAAGUAUUGAUCUGAUCAAAUAUGUUGAUAGCAACUUUGAAGGACCUUCUCUUCUCCCUGAUGAUCCUGCUAAAAAGGAGUAUGCUGAAGAGUUGAUAUCCUACAGUGAUACGUUUAAUGGUGCAAUAAUCUCUUCGUUUAAAGGCGAUACUGCAAAGGAAGCAGGUGCUCAAUUUGAUUAUUUGGAAAAUGCUUUGCAAAAAUUCGAUGGUCCCUUCUUCCUUGGAGAAAUCAGUCAGGUGGAUAUAGUAUACAUUCCAUUUGUUGAAAGAUUCCAAGUUUUCUUAUUGGAAGUUUUCAAGAUUGACAUCACAGAAGGAAGGCCUAAACUAGCUGCAUGGAUUGAGGAGUUCAACAAGAGUGAUGCUUACAAACAAACAAAAGCCGAUCCCAAGUUGGUCGUUGAAGUUUAUAGGAAGCGAUUCUUGGGUUAAGAACGAACGAUGGGGAGGUUGCGUGUUGCCAUAUAAUAAAUAAGUCGUUCGACGUGUCGACAGAGAAAUUUCGGCAUUUAUACUUGUACUUGCUUUUCAUGUAAUUUGGUUGUGUUAUGAAUGAAAUUUGAGGCAUUUAGUAGUUAUCAUGAUGUUAAAUUAUAGACCAUUUUCUUUUCUA